CUUCGAUUCACAGGAGUCUACAGAGUUGACAUCAUCUACGAGAUGGAGUAAAGUCGCGACUAUGUUUGAAGAAGAUGAACGUUUUAAAGCUGUUGAACGGGAAAGAGAUCGCAGGGAUCUAUUUGAGAACUUCAUUGAUGAACUCAAAGAAAAGGAACGGGUGAAAGCACAGGAGGAGCGGAAGCAGAACAUAAUGGAGUACAGGAAAUACUUGGAAUCUUGUGAUUUUAUUAAGGCAAAUAGUCAGUGGCGAAAAGUUCAGGAUCGGGUAGAGGCUGAUGAGAGAUGUUUACGUCUUGAGAAAAUGGACCGCCUGGAGAUCUUCCAGGAAUAUCUACAUGAUUUGGAGAGGGAAGAGGAAGAGCAGAGAAAACUAGAGAAGGAAGAGCUGAGAAAGGCAGAGCGUAAGAAUCGAGAUGAGUUCCGCAAGUUGAUGGAAGGACAUGUUAUUGCUGGAACUCUUACAGCAAAAACUCAUUGGCGUGAUUAUUGCAUGAAGGUUAAAGAGUUACCUGCAUAUAUGGCAGUUGCAUCAAACACUUCUGGUGCAACCCCAAAAGAUUUAUUUGAAGAUGUUGCAGAGGAGCUUGAGAAACAGUAUCAUGAGGACAAAUCCCGAAUUAAAGAUGCAAUUAAGUUAAGAAAGGUUACUUUGUCAGCAACCUGGACUUUGGAAGACUUAAAGAUAUAUAUUUUGGAGGAUAUUAGCUCUCCACCUAUAUCAGAUGUUAACUUAAGAUUAGUAUUUGAUGACUUGCUGGCAAGGGCUAAGGAGAAAGAGGAGAAAGAAGCAAAGAAGCGCAAACGUCUUGCAGAUGACAUGCUUAGCCUACUACGUUCUUUCAAGGAAAUAACUGCAUCCUCAACAUGGGAAGAUUGCAAACAUCUUGUUGAAGGUAGUCAGGAAUGCAGUUCUACCGGAGAAGAGAGCUUCCUAAGGGAGAUAUUUGAUGAACAUAUAAUGCAGCUGAAAGAACAGGCAAAAGAGAAUGAACGGAAACGGAAGGAGGAGAAGGUGAAGAAGGAGAAAGAGAGAGAGGAAAGAGAGAAGCGGAAAACAAAGCAUGGAAGGGAGAAGGAGAGAGGACGUGAAAGAGAGAAAGAUUAUGUAAAGGAUGACAUUGCAGACACUGAAGAUGUUGAUAUGACUGAGUCACAUGUCUGCAAGGAGAACAAAAGAUUGGGCAAGGACAGUGAUAAGAAACACCGGAAACGACAUCAGAGUGCCAGAGAUAGUUCAAAUGAGAAUGAGAAAGAGCAUACAAGGAGUUCCCAUAGGCAUGGCAGUGACCAUAAAAAGUCAAGACGACAUGCAUCAACACCUGAAUCAGAUGGUGAAAGCCGACGUAGGAGACAUAGAAGAGAUCAUCGAAAUGGUUCUCAUAAAAAUGGUGAUCACAACGAGCUUGAAGAUGGAGAAUAUGGUGAGGAUAGGGAAAAUUGAUAGUUAUUUGUCAUAUAAAUUAAUUCUUUUUGGUUUUCCCCAUGGUCAAUACCUCCGUGAUGGGAAAUGUUUCUUUUCUCCAAACAUACAUGAGUAUGAUUGUGGCAUAAUUGUGACGAGGAUUGCAUUAGCUUAUUGCUAAUUCAGUUGCAUAUUUUCUUGACACUUGCCAAUUUUCUGAAUAACAUUGUAAAAUGAAUUCAGAACUUGCUUUA